GGACUCAGUCUACACCAGUGGCUAAAAAGAAGCUGCCAUGCACUCAGGCAUUACAGUAACUAACUCUAACAUGACCAAGCACUUUUACUCUUUCUAAGAUGAGAAUCUGUCGUCGAACAAUAUGCGUCUGCCUGUCAAUCCAGGCGAUGUUAGUCUUGUCGUUGGUCCUCUUUUUGAUACAGAGCCCCAAGCUGAUUCCUCUGUUCUCCAAAAGGCAAGAAGGAUACAGAAGAAUUGAGACUACAUCAGACCAACUUAACAUUAACCUGCCCUCCACAACAAAACAUGAUGGGGUAUCUGAAAAAGGAUCAACUGUUUCAUUAUAUCCAAAAAGCACCAAAGCACCAAGCAGCCCCCUCAGUCGCUCCACCACAAGGCCUUUACAGGCAGAUGACUUUGCGGCCGAGCCAAAGUGGAGUUUUGAUGAUGAAUAUACAAUUGACAACUUAUCUACAAACACUAGUUGUCCCAGCUCAGUGAAGUCAAAGGCUCUUAAUUCACCUUGGUUAUCAGACAUUUUCCUUCCCAAAAUUAUCCUUUUUAUGGACAAUCGUCAUUUCAGCAAGCAAAUAUGGGAUAGACUACAGCACUUUACACCUCCAUUUGGGUGGAUGGAAUUAAAUUAUACAGUUGUUAAGGAAGUGGUUUCGUCUCUCCCUCCUUUGCUUGAACAGCAGAUCCUUUACUCUGAAAAAAAGCCAGGAGGCCACCAGUGUAUCAGCUGUGCAGUAGUGGGAAAUGGAGGAAUCCUGAAUGGAUCAGGUGUUGGCCAAGAGAUUGACUCUCAUGAUUAUGUGUUUCGAGUGAAUGGGGCAGUAAUCAACGGAUUUGAGAAUGACGUUGGCACCCGCACUUCAUUUUAUGGAUUUUCUGCCUACACCAUGCUUGCCUCUUUGAAGAAUCCUGACCUAAAUAAAAGAGGCUUCUCCAAACUUCCCAAGCACAAUGAGACAAGGUACAUCCUAAUCCCAGAGGCACGUAGAGACUAUGCAUGGUUAGAUGCUGUACAGAAGAAUAAAGAGAUCAGCAAGGGAACACUUGAACAUUACAGGAAACGCCCCCGCGAUGAUUUUGGAGAUUCCUUCGACCCAAAGAAGCUACUGGUUGCUCAUCCGGAUUUUAUGAGAUAUCUAAAAAACAGGUUUGCACGAGGAAACGUCCUAAAUUCGAAAAAUUGGAUGUUAUACAGGCCAAGUACAGGCGCACUGCUAAUGCUAACUGCUCUCCAUCUGUGUGACACGGUCAGCGCUUAUGGUUUUAUGACAGAAGAUUACAAUAACUAUUCUGAUCACUAUUAUGACCUAAAAUAUACACCUAUCAAGUUUUACGCUAACCACGACCUCCGCCUAGAGAGAGACUUGUGGCGUCGCCUGCACGAGGAGAACAUUAUCAAACUCUACCAGCGGACAUAGAAAGGAAAUUUUGUGUGAAAAUAGGUGUAGCUGCUUUUCUGGUCACGUGGGACCUGUUCAAUUAGGAGCCGACAUUAAAUGGGAGAACUGAAAACAUUUUGAGUGGGUAUAAAAUCUUGAGAAGAAAGAAGGAAAGAAAGAGACUUUACAGAGGUGUUAGAAGAUGUACAUUUUUAUUGUGUAUGUUGUGGCCAAAUAGUAAUCCCCCCCCCCCAUUUUGUGCUGAACAUACUGUUUUGCCUAUUACUUCCUGUUAUGCAGAGUCACUGUUUGCAUAAGAGAAACUGAUCAAGGAAAUUUCCAGCCCAACAUUAAGGCCAUGCUGCAGUUUAGGGAAUGGGGAGGGGGUUGUUCAUACAGAGCUCAUUACUCCCCUUGGCACAAAUCCUUAUUUUAUUUAUUAUUUUGCUAUUAUAAUGCCCCUAUGGAAAACUGUUUUGUUUCUCACUUGACUCAAUCCCCCCACCCCUAUAAACAGGUUAUACUUAUUAAAGGAAUGGUUCAUUGUAAAUAUAAAAACUGGUUAGAUAAAUGCAAAAUGAAUUUGCAUUUUUUCUAAUAUAUUUAGUUAGUCAAA